AUCUCAUCCUGCUAGCUCCGGACCCCUUGAUGCGUGUUAUAUAUUAUUACUACUUCCUCCAGAUUCUAUUCUUAUCCCCAUACCCACCUCUCUUCCAAUAGUCAUAGAUUCGACUUUCCGCCCUUGGAACGGGGUUGGAAUUUGAUACACAAAAGGUAGCCUGGCGCGGCCUAUCUUCACUUACAAUAACUUAUAACUUACAAUAAAUAAACAACGUCGACAUACGCGACAAUAUACGCCGAGGAAUAUAUACAAGAAUACAAACAAAACAAGCUCUUCCGUCUCACCAAUCACAAUUCCAACGCCUCUAUAUUUCCAUUCUAGCUGCUCAGCACGCAUCUACUACGCGGUCCGAGCAAUAUUUUGUAAUCCCGCGUCAAGCUUUCAUCGCUCAUGUCGCGACGUAAUUCGGGUGUAUCUGAAGACAACAGAAUACCACGAAGCAGAACGAUAUCUCAACGUAACCACAAAUCACCACACUCGCAACCGCGUUCGCCGCGCCCGUCUUCUCAUAAUAAAUCAUUGCAAAACCCCACGAACUCUCAGGCGCAUAACCCAUCCCCUCUCAAGAUGGUUACUACUACUUCAACGACGUCGCAUAACCCCGGCGACGAAACCCUGCAUUACUACCUGCCGGACACGAACGCGCGAGAGGCAGAGUUGCAAAAACAAGGGUGGAUGGAACCAAUAGUAAUAGAUGACGAAGACUUGAUGUUCAGCGGUAAAAGCCUGAGUGCUUGGUAUGAGGAAGAGAGGAAAUCGAUCGGCGGUCCAGUCGAAGAGGAACGACGGGGUCGUCAAAGAGUCCGACAACACAAUUCACAUACGCAUCACCCUCACCAUCACCAUAACCACCACCAUAACCAUCACAAUCACAAUCACCACCGCCAUCACCCAAGCUCGACGACUACACCCAGUAACCACGAGCAAAAUAAACACUGAAUUACCGAUGAACGAAGCGACGAACGAAAUUCGGGGCGUGGAAUCCCGAGCAGUUCUCAUUCCUUUUCCAUGAUACCCAACACAGUAUUUGCAUGACUACAUGGGCAUAUGUAGAAUUAACAGAUUUAACG